AUACUCGUACCUGAGAUUGUGUGGACAUAAUUACUAAACAUUGAAUUAUUUUCUAUUUUUAACAAAAGGAACCAUAAAACUGGCUUGCGCGUUUAAUCGCUCCACUCAUAUUCUGGGAUGAUGAGCUUUAUAUGAGAUAUAAUUAUCAUUUCUGUUUUUGUUGGUACCGUCAAGGCUAAGCGAAAAGCUUGCGCAGAUGGUGGUUUGUGAUGCUGCGUUUCUUGAGCAUGCGCACUAUUGCUGGCGAACAAAAAAAAGUGAAUUGGCGGCAAUUGAAUAAAUGCCUACCUGGAACCGGUUGACUUGCAAUAAAAAAGGAAAGUGCUUUAUUUUCACUCUUGUGUUGACGCCGUUGUUUGUUAUGGGAGUAAUCUUAUUUUAAAAAUGAAUUGUUUUAUUUAACUGAUAAUUAAGGCAUGAUUAUAAAGAAUUUCUGAAUUACAACAAUGAAUAUUUUUCACACCAAAGGGUGGCCGCUCGCGUCCCAGUGGCGCCACACGCACGCACAGUCGCACCUGCGACAGGUGCUGGCGCAGGAGCUCUGCAAGAUACGAGAAGCGGGGACGUGGAAAGAGGAGCGAGUCAUCACUUCCAUGCAAGGGGUCGACAUAAACGUCCAAGGAUCACAUAAAAAGCUGCUCAAUUUUUGUGCCAACAACUACCUUGGUCUGUCAAGCCAUCCACGAAUUAUAAAAGCAGCUGAAGAAGCGCUCAGAAAGUACGGUGCUGGGUUAAGUUCAGUCCGCUUCAUUUGCGGAACACAAAAUCUUCACAAGGAACUUGAACAAAAAAUUGCUAAAUUUCAUAAUCGUGAAGAUGCAAUCUUAUAUCCAAGCUGUUUUGAUGCAAAUGCUGGCUUGUUCGAAGCUCUAAUCACUAAAGAAGAUGCAGUCAUAUCAGAUGAGCUGAACCAUGCUUCAAUUAUUGACGGUAUUAGAUUGUGCAAAGGAAAGAAACUUCGUUACAAGCAUCGAGAUAUGACAGACUUGGAACUAAGACUCCGAGAAGCGGACGGCUGUCGGAUGAAGGUGGUCGUGACGGACGGUGUCUUCUCCAUGGACGGCAACGUCGCCCCGCUGCCAGACAUACGCAAGCUGGCCGAUAAGUACGGUGCCCUCAUGUUCAUCGACGAAGCACACGCCACUGGCUUCUUUGGCAACACUGGAAGGGGCACAGAGGAGUUCUUCAACAUGACGGGCCGAGUGGACAUCAUCAACUCGACCCUGGGGAAGGCUCUGGGCGGAGCGUCGGGCGGUUACACCACGGGGCCCGCAGAACUAGUCCAGUUCCUGAGGCAGCGUGGGCGUCCGUACCUCUUCUCAAACGCCUUGCCCCCGCCCGUAGUGGCCGCUGGCAUCGAGGCCCUGAACAUCUUGAUGAGCAGCUCGGAGCUGUUUGAGCGUGUGAGAGCCAACACUUCCCACUUCAGACAAAAGAUGAGCCAGGCCGGCUUCACCGUGGCGGGGGAAAACCACCCCAUCUGUCCGGUCAUGCUGGGGGAUGCUAGACUUGCCAAUGUCUUUGCUGACAAAAUGCUUGAGAAAGGAAUAUAUGUGAUAGGGUUCAGCUACCCAGUUGUUCCAGAGGGUAAAGCCAGGAUCCGGGUUCAACUUUCAGCAGCUCAUUCUAAAGAAGACAUAGACAAAGCUGUUUCUGCAUUUGUUGAAAUAGGUCAACAGCUAAAUGUGGUUGAUUAAUAACCAAAUUAUAUCAAAUCCUACAUGAGUGCAAGUACGGUGUCAGUAUUCCAAAAUAAUAGAAAAAUUUUAUUGAACAUCAACGUCUUUUUAGUUAUACUGUAUUCAUAGACUAGUACAAUUUUUUUUUUCCAUUAGUAAAAAUUGUAAUGAUUUCAUAUGUAGUACUACUAAGUAUGUACGUACAAUUUUAAAUCUUUUAUAAAAUAUGUGAUUAGAGUUGAAAGAUUUUACACUUUUACAUCUAAAAACAUUUUCAUGAACUAACUAAAAUCUUAUUGAAUAAAUUUAUCAAAGGUUGUAAUUAAUUAUUAUUGCUGUUACUGAAAAAAACACAUAUCUUUCCAGUAUUUUUUACUAUGUACAGAAGUAAUUUUCAUUUCACAAUUUAAAUAUUUUUAGUUUAAUUUUCUUUACAUUUUAUUAUUAUUAUUUCUCUAAAGAGAGAAACUUGUCCAUACUUCGAAGCUCUGAAAGUUUUAUGUUACAGUAAAUUUUUUGUGUAAAUUCUUUUCUCAGGUGUAAAGUUAGUUACUAUGUAUGUCACAAUAUUUAAAUUUAGUACUAGAGAAAUAACUUUUGUCUUGUAUUAUUAUUAGUUAGAUAUUGUAUGGUAGGGUUAGAUUAGUUUUUAAUUUCAAUUCAACUAAAGUCCUUUUUCAGAAAAAGGAAAGUCUAAACAAAAAAUCAUUUGUUUAUUGAAUUUACACUUUCACAGCAUUUUAUUUCACACAAAUAACAUUUGUUCAUGUCAUGAAAAAAAAAUGUUAAACUUUGUUUUUCAAAAUGUACUAUUUGAACUACUAAGUGUACACUGGCUUCAUCUAUAUAAAUCCACAUAAAUGUAAAACCACACAGUUCAACAAAUCUAUACACAAUAAUUUAACAUUUAAAAUGCAAAUGGCAGAUUUUGUAAUUUUGAUUGCAAAGGUAUCAACAAUAAAACAAGACCCAAGAAAAGAUUAUAUGCACAACUAAUAAAAUACAUAUACAUAAUAUUUACACAAAGAGUUUAAAAUUUUCACAUUUAAAAAUUUGACAAACUGCACAAAACUGCAUCAUUGUAUUGAAAUUUUUCCAGCCAAUGGUUGGUUGACUUUGGCUCAAAUAAAUACAGUUAACUAAGAA